AACCGUCCAAUGGGGGAGCGGCGGGCGGGGUCUAGGAGGCGGAGCCGGAAGCCGCUCUGCGGGUCGUGGAGCGGCGGCUGUUCGGCGGCGGCGGGGUCCUGCCGGUGCUACAGCAGCGGCGGCGGCGGCAGCGGAGGCGGCUGCUACGGCGGCGGGGGAGGCGGCGGCGGCUUCUGGCCGCGGCCGCCGACGCCCCGGCUCCCGUGUCUCCAUGGUAGCGUGGGCAGCUACCGCCGCCUCAUCCACGGCUUCGAGGACGUGCUGAGGCGGAGGCUCCGCGGUCAUCUCCGAACCUCACGAUUGUCCCCAUCGAUCAAGAGUGGAAUAAUCAUCACAACCCAGAAACCCUGCACCCAAGAGAACCAUACGCUAUCUCAGAGGCACAAGCAGAAAAUGAAAGGGGAUACCGUGAAUGUGCGCCGCAGUGUCCGAGUAAAAACUAAAGUCCCCUGGAUGCCCCCAGGCAAAACAUCUUGCAGAGAAUCAUCGUACAAGUGGGAGGGACCGACCCAUCGCCUGGAAAUCACCCCUCCAGAUUCCGACAAGCUGCUGUCUGUGCUUCGCUUGAGUGAUCUCUCCACCGACGAGGAGGACGCCAUUCAUUGCAAGAUGAACAAAUACGAGAAGAAGAUCGACAGCUUACUCAAUGUCGUGGGAACAUUGAAAAACGAGGUCAAAUGUCCGAUGCCAAAGCCUGUUGGGACGGGCUGUGUAGCCAAGCGUCUUCUGGAGGAGCAGAAGGACGAGUUGGACGAGGUCACUCAAGAGCUGGUGGAGACCGAACACGAGAACACAGUCCUCCGUCGCAAUAUUGAAAGGAUGAAGGAGGAAAAAGAUCUGAGCAUACUCCAGAAACGGCAUCUGUUGCACGAGAAGGAGUGUUUGAUGUCCAAACUGGUGGAGGCCGAACUGGAUGGGGCAGCCGCUUCCAAACAGAUCCAGGCCUUGAAGGACGUGAUUGGGAAACUGAAAACGGAAAAGAACAUGACCGUUUCGGACAUCAACACCCUGACUAGGCAAAAAGAGUUGUUGCUGCAGAAGCUGAGCACUUUCGAAGACACCAACCGCACUCUUCGAGACUUGCUCAGAGAGCAACACAACCGGGAGAAAGAUGCGCAAAAGUUGACAGAGCAGCAAGCUACCCUGAUGAAAAGGCUAACUGACUCCGAUACAGAGAAGGCGCAAUUAGUCAAGAAACUACAAGAUAAAGAAAAGGAAGUGGAUGAUUUACUGAUUCAGAUACAGACCGAAAAGGAUCAAGCCAAGACGGCCGCUGAGCUCUCAAAGUCUAUGGAAGCUGUGAGGGGUCAUUUACAAGCACAGCUGCGGAAUAAGGAAGCUGAGAAUCACCGCCUGGGUAUCCAGAUCCGGAAUCUGGAGCGGGUAGCAGCUCAGCACAAGGCCGAAGUGGAGAACAUCAUGGAACAGUUGAAGGAGCUGAAGGCCAAAGGAGAUCGGGACAAAGGCCUGAAGAAAGCCAUCAAGGCGCAGAAGGAACGAGCAGAGCGGGCUGAGGAAUUUGCCGAUCAACUGAAUGUCCAGUUAUCUGAAAAGGACGCCUAUGUGGCCGAAGCACUGUCCACCCUAGAAUCCUGGCGGAAUCGUUACAACCAAGUUGUGAAAGACAAAAGUGACCUCGAGGUGGAGAUUGUGAUGCUGAACAGCCGUAUUUCCGAACUCUUGGAACAGCAGAACACCAUGGAAGAGAAAAUGCGAGAAGACCGAGAUACCUUGGUAGAUAAGCUGCACAAACAGGUCACCGAAAGCACCGCUGUCAAACUGGAGAACGAGAGGCUGAAGACUAGCAUGAUUCCAGUGGAGGAGCGACUGAACCAGGCUCAGCAGGAAGUGUCGAAGUUGAAGGCUUCCCUCAAGAACUACGAAGGCCUGAUUGAAACCUACAAGAAUCAGGUGGUGAAAACCCGAAUGGAAGCCGAUGAGGUGACAGUGAAAUUGGAACUCUGCGACAAAGAGAACAAAGCCCUGAAGGAAGAAAUGGCCAAAGAGAUUGAAAAUGCUCGCAAGCAGUUCCAGAGCCAAGUGGCCGAGCUGGAGAAACUUCCUGAGAUCUUGAAGAUGACCGAGACCAAGUUGGCUGAGUGUCAGGAGCAGCUUAAGAGUUAUGAGAAGAAAAAUAUGGAUCUGUCUGCCAUGAUUUCAGACCUCCGUCAGCGGAUUGAGCUGCAGGGAGACAAGAUGGAAUUGACAAGAGAAAAGUAUCAGUCAGCCCAGGAAGAGAAUAAGCAGCUGACUCUCAAGUUGGAGGAGUUGGAGAGGAAACUUGAAGGCACAAGUGGGCAGAACAUAGAAUUUCUCCAGAUCAUCGCGAAAAGGGAAGAGUCCAUCCACCAGGCCCAGCUUCGGCUAGAGGAGAAGACCAGGGAGUGUGGCUCCUUGGCACGCCAGCUGGAGAUGGCCUUUGAUGACGCCAAGAAGCAGUUGGAGCAAACAAGGGAUCGUGCGGCAGCGAAAGAGAGGACAGCCCAGUCAAAGAUGCUGGAUCUGGAAACCCAGCUGAGCAAGACAAAGACCGAACUGAACCAGCUACGACGCAGUAAAGAUGAUGGAGAGCGCCGGUACCAAAGCCGCCUCCAGGACCUAAAGGAUCGCCUCGAGCAGUCGGAGAGCACGAAUCGCAGCAUGCAAAACUACGUCCAGUUCCUGAAGUCUUCCUACGCCAACGUCUUCGGAGACAGCAUUUUGUCCAGUUCUCCCAUUCGUCCCCGGUCUCCUCUUUAGCCACCCCGGUGCUCUCUCCUUCCCUCGCUCCCCCCACCCCCUAUUGUUCCUUGCACCAGGCUGGCUGGGAGGGAGGGAGGGAGGGGGCACCUAACCAACUUACAAAGCCAUAAUCUGAUUCUGGAAUCUGCCUCUCUCGCAAUCCAGCUCCGACCGUUGGAAACGAGAGAGGCGUCUUGCCCAGGGGGACCCAAGCCACCUCCUGCCAAGACCCCCCCCCCCCC